CUGCGCCGAGCUUUGGGCCGGCCAGAGGGGAAGCGGGGUCCUUCCUUAGGGCGGUCGCACAGGCAGCGGCUGUGUGAAGCCGGUUUCGGGCAACAUGUACUACAAGUUUAGCGGCUUCACGCAGAAGUUGGCCGGAGCUUGGGCCUCGGAAGCCUAUAGUCCGCAGGGGUUAAAGCCAGCAGUUUCUGCAGAAGCACCGCCUAUCAUAUUUGCCACACCGACUAAACUGACCUCCAGUGUGACAGCUUAUGACUAUGCUGGGAAGAACAAAGUUCCAGAGCUGCAGAAAUUCUUCCAGAAGGCUGACGGUGUGCCCAUCCACCUGAAACGAGGCCUUCCUGACCAAAUGCUUUACCGGACCACCAUGGCGCUGACUGUGGGAGGGACCAUCUACUGCCUGAUUGCCCUCUACAUGGCUUCCCAGCCCAAAAAUAAAUGAAUUAGCCUGUGGAGGACUGGUUUACUUGGUGGCACAAA